UUUCUCAAAUUACAGGAUGAGAGGGCUUCUAGUUGGUUUCCAUUUCUGUCCCGUUCUGUUGAGUGGUGUUGCUUUGUUUCUUGUGGCUUUCAGUUCGUCUUUGCACACUGACUUGAGCAGGGACGAGGUUUUCGAGAGAGUUGAAGGAUUUGAGCUAAUUGGUCACAUCACCAAGACAUUAUAUGCUGACGAAAUAAGCUGUGGAUUGAGAUGCCUUCAAGAUGAAAACUGCCAAUCUUACAACAGCAAAUCCGAUGCUAAUGAUGCAAAGAAGGAAUGUCAACUGAGUAAUCAAACCAAAAAAUCAAGUCCGGAAAACCUGAGGCGUAACCCACGUUCUACUUAUUAUCAUGGAAGAGGUACUGUUGAGUAA